AAGCCGGAAGUGGGUGAAAGGCGGGGGUGUGUGGCCAUGUCUGCUUCGUUGCUACGGCGGGGCUUGGAGCUACUGGAGGCACCGGGCCGGGGGAAGGCCCCGCCGGGACUCCAGCAGGGGCGUGAUGGCGGCAGACCGGCAGGAGCCGCCCGGCGGAGGAAGGUAAUGGCGGGGCCUGGGAAGAACAAGGCUACGAUCAAGGGCAGAGUCGUGAAGUCGGCGAUAGAGGAGUAUCACAAGAAGAAAGCUGUAAAUCACCUCAGAGCGAAUUUGCAGUACAUGACAAGCGGACGAUGCGUUGCUGACAGAGCUGUAACCCAACAAGUUCUUACACAGAACAGAGGCAGAAAGUCAAAAGAUCGGCCUGUAGAGAAGAAGGAAAAGAAGAAGCCUGAGGGCACUGUCUUUACUGAGGAAGACUUCCGUAAAUUUGAGAGAGAAUAUUUUGGAAUCCCAUAAACAGCAUGAAAGGAACUCUUGCAGCUCCAGUCCAUCUGCAGCUGAGUGCUCAGAAGGCAGGACUGGCCACUUCCUCAGCGUGUUUGAGAAUGGACGUAGGAGAUCUGUCACUUUGUCAGCAAAUAAACUAGCAUCAGACUUGCAGAAUAACUGCACCUGUCCAGAACUCACUGCUGGGGCCAUGGAGGUUCUCUUUGGUCUUUGCAAUACAUUGUCCUUAUCAUUACCUCCCUUCAGCCAGCAUGUCUUGCAUGUUCUUGACAUAGAAAGGUGGACUAAUCCAAAAACAAAUCUUGUUCUUCAGUAAGGCAUCUGCUGCCAGUCUCCAACUCAAUGGAGAUAUGUUUUGGACAGCAGAAGUAAAUCAUUAAGAGGGAAGGAUGCUUCAAAAGACUGAAAUCCUAGUACUCCUGCAGUUUCUGUCAUUAUAACAUCUGUCAGGUUUUUCUGACAUUGUAAAAAAUUUUGUAUGUAUUGUACGAUUAAACAAUUGUUGUUACA